AUGCCAUCGGUGCCACCAUUCUCAAGGUCCGAGAACGUCAGCGAUUAUGCGACUCAGUGUAAACCUGUGAUUUGGACCGAGCAUGACCUCAGAGCAUCUGAUGGCACGGCCCUCAAACUUUUAGAAGGACACACCAGCAGAGCGACCAAUUUCAAGUUCAUGGAACACAUCAUCAUCGUAUACUUUCAAGGAAAUGCGUCUUCACUACCCCCGCGGCUACCAUAUCUUUCAAGCAUCUUGAAAUCAGCCAUGAACAAGGGAUCCAAGGGCCAAAAAUACACCAUUGCGGCUUUGUCCUAUCGUGGGUUCUGGAAAUCAAAGGGUCGUCCAUCCCAGGCCGGGAUCGAGCUUGACGCUGAAGCGGCGUUGAGGUGGGUUCUGGCGCAAUAUGACCGUGAUAGAACUAAGAUUGUGGUCUGGGGACAAUCGAUUGGCGCUGGUGUCGCAACGAUUGGCCUUGCUAAUUUGUCGAGAGAUGGGAGCGCCGGUUUAUCUCGAAUCUCGGGAGUUAUCCUCGAAACUCCUUUCGUCGACCUCAGAGCGAUGCUGGUAGCGCUUUAUCCACAAAAGUUUCUUCCCUAUCGAUACCUGACCCCUUUCUUGCGCUCGACAUGGGACAGCAAAACGGCGCUUCACCGGAUUGGGAAAACAAAGCCAACCCUCAGGAUAUUGAUCUUGGAGGCCGGGGACGAUGAAAUCGUCCCUUCAGGUCAAGCAGCGAUUUUAGAAGAAGCCUGUAAGAAGGAACUCAUGAUGGUGGAUCGAAAAGUUGUCCCGGGAGCACUGCACACCGAGGUCAUGAUCAAAGGUCAAGGCCGGAGCCAUAUCGUGCAGUUUCUGCAAUCUUUCUAG